AUGGGCUUGGGGAGGGUUGCGUGUGUGAGUCUUUUCAGAGGCUUCUCCAAGUUAAGCAUGGCCCAACGUAAAUUCAUCGACAUUGGGGUGAACCUGACGGAUCCCAUGUUCAGAGGCCUCUACAGAGGAACACAAAAACACAAUGAUGACUUUGAUCAGGUCAUUGACAGGGCCAUUAAAGUCGGGGUCCAGAAGUUUAUGAUCACGGGAGGAAGCCUUGAAGACAGCAAGGAGGCCCACAGACUAGCUGAGACCAGAGAUGAGUUCUACAGCACGGUCGGCUGCCACCCGACACGCUGCAGUGAGUUUGAGCAGGUUGGAGAGGACCAGUACUUGUCGGGACUCAGGGACCUGGCCUUGGCGCACAAAGGAAAGGUGGUGGCCAUAGGAGAAUGUGGACUAGAUUUUGACAGGUUGCAGUUCUGUCCGAAGGAGACCCAACUCAAAUAUUUUGAGAAGCAGUUUGCCUUGGCUGAGGAGACCAGAUUACCCAUGUUCCUCCACUGCAGGAACUCCCAUCAGGACUUCGUCGAUAUCAUGAGGAGGAAUCGAGAGCGAUUGGUUGGAGGAGUGGUCCAUUCAUUCGACGGGACGGCAGAAGAGGCUGCAGCCCUGACAGACCUGGACCUCUACAUCGGCAUAAACGGCUGCUCCCUGAAAACUGAUGCCAAUAUUGAAGCUAUGAAGUCCAUCCCUACAGAGAGGCUGAUGAUCGAGACAGAUGCUCCUUGGUGUGGCGUGAAGAACACGCAUGCAGGUGCCAAACACAUUAAAACUACUUUUCCCACCAAGAAGAAAUGGGAGGCGGGACACUGCCUGAAAGACAGGAAUGAACCUUGUCACAUCAUACAAGUUCUCGAGGUGAUGGCAGCCGCUAGAGAAGAGGACCCGCUGGAGAUGGCCAACACAAUGUACAACAACACCGUCAAAGUCUUCUUCAGCUCGAGCUGAUGAUGGACCACUUUGUCUUAGCGAGGCAAAUCUCCCAAGGCCUCGGCACAGCACGGGGGGUUGGGAACGAGGUCAAUGUGGAGAGAUGCUUUGUUAAUUCAUUCAGGUUGGUAGUUGAUAUCGGUGCCAUCCCGUCGAUUCCAGUCGUCAGAUUACUGGUUCAACAUUUGUUUCAGCAUUGAACUCUUAUUGUCUUGUCUGGAAAGUCAAACAUCUUGCCAACCGGUCUAUUUUUAACCAAACCCUCCAUAACCCGGUAACAAGCCGUUCAUUAACGUCAUGGUAUUGUUUUGUAGCCUGGCGGGUAAUUGGUAGCAUUUGCUUGUUGGCAUGGUAUCAUUUUAGGAAAGUGGGAGUUUGUGUUGCCCAGUGCGUCUAGCACCAAGUUUUGCAUGAUUUUGCCUGCAGCUUGAUGAAACCUGAAUCCAAGUCGUGAGACGUUCGCGUCAAAUUCCCACGUGAAGCAUUUCUGGUCAAAUAAAACCAAUCGCAGUUCUGACAGCUAUGGCCGGUCACUGGUAUAGCUUCAGUGAAAUUAUCUUUGCUAACCCAAACCAGACCAUCCUUCUAAGGUGGUUGUUCUCAUCAAUCCCUUUUCCCCCCAAAAUCUACUAAGGUCCAAUGUGCAGCCUAAUGAGGAGGCUUAUGGUUUAUAGGGUCAACUUCAGCCGAGGGAAAACUGUUUGGCUUUAACUUUAAUGCUUUAUAUAUAUAUA